CAACAUUAAUUCCCACCAUUGUCUAUCCAGUUCACGGACGCCAGAAAAGACCAACUCCUGGCAUCAAUUUACAUCUAGUACAAAAACCCAAUCGAUAUCCCCUGGAAAAUCCCACAACCUCUCUUCACUCUUUAAACGUGCCUGGUUUUCCGUACCCAGAAUUCGUUUUGUUGUUUUGGAUCUGAUUUCGAAGAAUUUUUUUUUCAAAAGAAUGGGGAGUUUGGGAGCGCUUGUGAAAAACCCAGAUGAUUUUUAUCCAUUGUUCAAGCUGAAAUUGGCCGCGAGGCAUGCGGAGAAACAGAUCCCAUCGGAGCCUCACUGGGCUUUCUGUUUCUCUAUGCUUCACAAAGUUUCUCGUAGUUUCGCUCUCGUUAUUCAACAGCUUGACACCAAGCUUAGAAACGCCGUGUGCAUAUUUUAUUUGGUUCUUCGAGCCCUUGAUACCGUUGAGGAUGACACUAGCAUAGCAACAGAUGUCAAAGUUCCGAUACUGAUAGAUUUUCAUCGUCACGUAUAUAAUCGUGACUGGCACUUUUCAUGUGGUACAAAGAACUACAAAGUUCUUAUGGACCAGUUUCAUCAUGUAUCUACUGCCUUUCUGGAACUUGAAAAAGGUUAUCAGGAGGCAAUUGAGGACAUUACAAAAAGAAUGGGUGCAGGGAUGGCAAAAUUUAUUUGCAAGGAGGUAGAAACAGUUGAUGAUUAUGAUGAAUAUUGUCACUAUGUAGCAGGACUUGUUGGAUUAGGUCUGUCCAAACUUUUCCAUGCCUCCGGGUCAGAAGAUUUGGUUCCAGAUUCACUCUCCAAUUCAAUGGGUUUAUUUCUUCAGAAAACAAAUAUUAUCCGGGAUUAUCUAGAAGAUAUUAAUGAGAUACCAAAGUCACGCAUGUUUUGGCCUCGCCAGAUUUGGAGUAAAUAUGUCAGCAAACUUGAGGAUUUGAAAGAUGAGGAAAACUCCGUCAAGGCAGUGCAGUGCUUGAAUGACAUGGUCACUAAUGCUUUAAUACAUAUGGAUGAUUGCCUGAAGUACAUGUCUGCUUUACGUGAUCCUGCAAUAUUUCGAUUUUGUGCUAUCCCUCAGAUCAUGGCUAUUGGAACACUAGCCUUGUGCUACAACAACGUUGAAGUCUUCAGAGGUGUUGUGAAAAUGAGACGUGGUCUCACUGCGAAAGUCAUUGACCGAACAAACACAAUGGCUGAUGUCUAUGGUGCUUUCUAUGAUUUUUCUUGUAUGUUGAAAGCCAAGGUUGACAUCAAUGAUCCUAAUGCACAAAAAACAUUGAGCAGACUUGAUUUAAUCCUGAAAACUUGCAGGGACUCAGGGGUCCUGAACAAAAGGAAAUCUUACAUAAUUCGGAAUCAGUCCAAUUAUACUCCUCUUCUGGCUGUCAUGCUUUUCAUUAUAUUGGCCAUCGUUAUGGCUAAUCUUAGUCCCAACUGGCCGAAUAACUAGACUCGUGCUCGACCCUUAUACAUGAUUCGUCUCCUGAAGUUGUUUUCCUAUGUUUGUAUACAAUGUUAAGAAGUUACAGUUUACUGUACAUUUGAUGUUGUUCCUACUGUCCAAGCACACAAUAGCAUAAGCUAUGACGCUGUUGGAUCUUUUUCUUUAUCCUUGGAAAGGAGCUCGAGCUAGUUUUCAACCAUAGAGGAGGGGAUAUAGUGUACCCAUAAAAAGAAUAAAAAAAAAAAAGUGGAAGAUGAGAUUAGUAAAUCCAUUUUCUCAAUUUUCCUUCUGUAAUUUGUGAAAGAAAAAGCAAAAUAAUCUGCUAUGGCUUCAUUAUAAGACAUGUCCAUUCCAUUCCAUCCAAA